AUGGCUGCCGCCGGCUCCGGUCCCGAUAUCGAGGAGCUGGUGAAGCGCAUCACUUCUCACCGCGGCGUGCGUGGGUUCUUGAUCAUCAACAAUGAAGGCAUCGCCAUCCGCCAUAGCUUUACCGAGGCAUCGCGGGAGCUGGCGGUCCAGUAUGCGGCCCUUUUUCAGCCGCUGGCUAUGAGCGCCAAGACAGUGCUGCAGGAGAUAGACAACAACAACGAGCUCCAGCUCAUUCGGUUGCGCUCCAAGAAGGACGAGGUCAUUGUGGCACCAGAUAGCAAGUACAUGCUCAUCAUCAUCCAAGAUGCAGACAUGGACAAGGUAGAGGCUAAGAAGUGA